AAACCAUUUGAAUUAACAAAAUCUACAUAUAAUGACAUGAAAUCAGCAAUAAAAUCAUAUCUAUCAAAACAACCACCGUCACACAUUGCCAAUCGUCAACAGGAUUUCAUCCAAAAUUUUGAUAACCUUGUUGGACGUAUUGAUUUAGCUAAACAAGUACUGGACCAACGGGAUGCUAUAAACGCUUAUUUCAACCAAUCAGACGUUGUUGAAAAUGAAGGACUUUCAUUAAAAGCUUUAUUAAAGUCUACCGAAGAAAAUGGUGAAUCUGAUCCUGGCUUUACCGAAAAAAUUGCUACUUUUAAUGAAUAUAUGAAAACCUUGAAAAAGGACUUUGCUUCAAAAAUACUUUAUCCAAAAGACAAAUCAUCCGAUAAUGAUGUAAACGAACCAAUAAAACAGGCAGUAGAUAAGCGUAUGGAAGAACUUGAAAAAUUAUCCAAAGAAAUUGACAACCAAUUUAAUUCUUAUAAAAAAACUAUGGAAUUUUCCGGAGAACUUGAUGACGCACUUGAAAAUGUUAAAAGAAUUGAAGACGAAGUUGAUCAAUUCAUCUUUGAAAAAGCAUCAUGGCAAACACAAGAUGAUCCAAACAUAGAAAAAGAUGUUAAUUCAAUUGUCAAAAAUUUGUUAACUGAAUUGGAUGGAAUAAAUAAUAAAAUUUCAGAAUUUGAAAAGAAAACUCUCAAAUCAAUAAAUACCAAAUUUGAUGAAUAUCAAAAUCUUAUGAAUUCAGAUGAAAAGGAAGUUCCAGAUCAUAUUGAGAAACGUUAUAAAGACUUGAACGAAUUAUUAAACAACUUGAAAUCACUUGAUGAUUAUGCUCAAGAAGUUAUUAAGCAACGUAAAGAUGUUACAGAAUACAUGAACAAAAGUUCUAUGUUGGAAAAGGAAGCUCGGGAAAUUCAAAAGAUUCUUUUGACUAAUGAACCAAGUUCACCCGGAGGAGAAGGAAGUACAGUUUCCAAUGCUGUUGAUUCUUUUGCUGAUAGAGUUCAAAGUUUAUGGAAUGAUUCAUCUUCAGAAAUUAAUUAUCCAAAGUGUACGAUACAGAACGAUAAGGACCGAAUAGGUCGAGCUGUAGAUUGCAAUGCCGUUAUUCGUGAGGCAGUAACUGCUCAGAAUGAAUCAUUAAAAUCGUUGGCAAAUAGCUUAAAAGAUCUUCUUCAAACACAUCAAAACGUCCUACGUCGUAAAAAGAUGAUCGAAUCAUAUAUGAACCAGGCCAAGGAUGUUGAAAAUUGGAUACAACCGAAAUCUGAUAUUUUGAAUGGUAUUCUAAAUGAUGAAACUUUAGGAGAAUCAACAGAAGAUCGAUUACGUGAUCUAAUUGGCGAAGUCGAUGGUGUUGAAGCUGCUCGUCAAGCAUAUAAUAGUGCUUUUGAUUUCGCCAAAAACUUGGCAGAUAAAUUGAUUGAAGAUAUGACAUACGAAAUUCAACGUGGUGGUGAAGAAGACAUUGAAGAUAUCAAAUCAGAUCUUGAACUUGUACGCUCUAGAGCACAAGAGAUUAAUGAAUUAUGGGUCGAAUUACAAGAUAAUGUUCCUAAAUCUAGGCAAAGGUUAGAACAAGCACUUCAAAUUGUAGAGUUUAAAGAAAAAGCCAAAGAUGUUCUCUCAAGAGUUGAUGAUUUAUCCAAUGCGGUGAAAAAUAGUUCAAUAGAAUCUGUUUCUAACACUGAAAUGAAAGAUUGGCAGAUUAAAUUAAAUUCUUUGGAACAAACAGAAUUUUUCGAUUUAAUAAAGCUUCAUGAUUUAGUUCAAGAAAAUUUAAAAGACAAUUAUGGUAUCCUGAGUGACAAAGAAUCUAAUGAGAUUGAAGAAAUUUUGGGUAAUGUUAGUGAUGCUAUUACCUCGUUAAAACAAUUGAUGGGUGACAAAAUUGAAGAAAUCGAAGUUUACAAAUCAGCACAAAUUGCUGGAGCUUAUAUGAAUCGUGCCAAUGAUUUACAAAAAUGGAUUGAAGACUCUAUCGCAGCCUUUGAGAAUGCUAAGCCCACAUUUGGUAUUAUGAGAGAAAAUGAUAGUGAACUAAACACCAAGAAUUUCCAAGAUUUAGUCGCAGUUUUGGAAGAAUAUCAAAACCAAUUUCCUCAUCGUAAUGAACAGAUUGAAAGCAUCCGGGCAGAAUUUAACGACAUCACCUCACAAGAUGGUAUUCGAGAAUUGCAAGAUAUAAUAAACUGUCAAGCACACCUUAAUGCUUCAUGGGAUAAUCUAACUGUAUCUGUGGAGGAUUUCAAUAAUUUUACUCAAAAAGUUUCUCAGUGGCAUGAUCGACAUGAUGCUAUAUAUAAAGUAGAAAAUGAUAUAUUUAAAGGGUUAGAAACCCGUAUAAACAAUUUAUCUAGUAUAGAUUUCUCAAAUUUGGAGGCUGAAGUUAAAGAAUUAGAGGAAAAUAUUAAUAAGGCUGUAUUAAUACUUGAAGACACUAAAGCUGCUGCCAGCCGUAUACCUUCUAUACCGGACGAUAAGUUCGACGAAACGAACAUGCAAAACUUUGAUGUUCAUCACGACGAAGCAAGUAAAAAACUCUCAGAAUUAUCAGCUGCAUUCAAAAUUGCUCUUACCGCAGCUCACAAUGCCUCACAAUUGGCAGCGUUUCAUGCUGAUGCAAAUAGAAUUAUUAAAGAUUGUUAUGAAGGAAUAGCAGUUGUUAAGUCAAGACAUGAAGACCUUGAUCGUAGUGGUUAUUAUGCUCUAGAGGUUGAACCCCUUGCAAACGUUCUUAGAAAUGCAAUUGAUGGAUAUACAGAAAGUGAUGGAAAAUUGAGCACAUAUGAUCAAAAGGUUAAUGUUGAUUUGAAACAAGAAGCAGACAAACUUAUUAAACAAAAUCCCGAAGUCAAUAGUGACCGUAUAUUGAACAUUUUCCGCAAGGUGACAGAAGCCUUAGAACAAUUCUCUUACUCUGUAGCACUAGAACGCCGUGAACUUGAACUCGUACGUAGAGUUUAUGCACAUGCCAAGUCUGCGCACGAUAUAAAGAGUUGGAUGUCAUCUUGUAAAUUAGCCAUGUUAAAUAUUCAAGUUGGUGUUGGUAUAAUUGAUCAAGAAGCAGAGAUAGUGGAUUUAGAAGGAAAAGUUGCUAAUUUCGAGACUACUGUUGAACAAUUCAAAGAUAUGAGCCACCGAGUCCUAAUACCUGAAGCUGAAAGUAGAGAGAUUGAUGAGCCUCAACCUGAAGAAUCAAAUCCUGAAAUCAAAGAAUCUGUUCAAACAAGAACAAAUAGGAUUUUAGAAGAAUGGUAUGGUCUCAAAGAUCAGCUUGCAAAAUUAAGAUCAAGCUUAAAUGCGUCUAAAGAAGCUCAAGAAGUAUCGCGUGCUAUUAAGGAGAUAUUUACGGCCAUAGCUCGAGCUAGAGAGCGGGCAUUUAAUGUUGAAUCUUUUAGCACUGGUGAAGGAGUUCCAAGAUUACCAACAAGAGAUGAUGUCAUUGAUGGUGAAGCAGAGCUCGACGAAAUUCAGGCUGAAGUGGAUGAAAUAUUAACACCUAAAAUUGAUACAUUGGAUGCUAUGAUAAACAAUUUAACAGAAAAUGACAAAGGAUAUGUUCAACAACGAGCAGGAAUAGCAGAAGCAUUGACUAACCUUCAAAAUUUAAUUGAUAAUAAGAGAGCUCAACUUAAAGAAGCUGAAAAAUUGGCGAAAUUCGGAACAAAAGCAGAUGAAAUGAAUGCAUUAAUGGCUUCAUUACUUGAAGUAGUGGAUGUUACUACCACAACGAUGGAUGACUCACCACUCUCAUCAUUACAACCUAGUGAAUUACAAUCUCGUUUGAUUGAACUGGACACAAAAUAUAAAUACUACCAUCCUAAUAUUGUUCAAAAAUUGACAGACGCAGAACUAGCAGCUGAAUCUCUAAAAGAUGAUUGGAGAGUUAAUGACCGUCUAGAUAUUUUAAUAGAUCAAUGGAAUGAAUUGAAUGAAGUUGCUUUAGCCAAAAAAGACGAAUUAAGCCGCUUACUUUCAGGUCAGAAACCGAAAACACGACACAUGCGAUCCAAUUCAAGCGGAUUAUCAGGUCGUGCUUCUCCACGAAGUACAUUCCGAUCUUCAGCUACAUCACGAGCCGCAUCAAGAACUCCAACACGACUUUCUCCAAGUCCAACGCCAGGUACACCAGGAUCUCCAAGACGUCCACCAAUACGUCUUUUACCACAUUCAGUCAAUAAUUACGUUCCAGAUCCUAAAGAUCAACUUGAUGUGGAAGUCGCACGAAUAGUAAACGCGUGCCCCGUAAAGAUUAAAGUAUCUAUGGUAGAAGGAGAGCCCGGAAAAUAUAUGUUUGGAGAAGUUGAACCUAAAUUAUGUUAUUGUCGUAUUUUAAGAAGUCGUAUGGUAAUGGUUCGAGUUGGAGGAGAACACGCUAACUUGGAACAAAAAUAUAUCCCCAAAGCCCGAUCUUUUAUCGGACCUAACGAAACAGAGCCAGGAAGCUUCAUCGGUCAGUCCUCUAGUGGUCCCAGUUUUUAUGAGGCGAACAUCCGCUUUAUCCCGAAGGGACCAGAACUCCGUAUCGAAGGGUCAGAAGGGGUCGGCCCCUUGGCGUUGAAACGAAUGUCAUAUUCUAGAAAAGUGAGUAGUCGAGAUACUAAUGAAAAUAGAUCACGUUUGAUAAAACCAAAACCUAACAAAGCAACAUCAACAAAAACUUUGGAUAUGGGCAAUGGGUUUAGCGAUUUUGGUAUAUUACUUGUUUGCCCUGAAGGAAAAUGGAAACGCUCUGGAUUCUUGCCAAAUGAAGAAUAA